AUGGUUCAUCUUACAUUUGCCGACGAUGGAGCGCGGCAUCCACCGCCUUCCUCCCAUCUCCGUCAGCACUCCUCCGAUCAACGUCAGAGAAGAUCACGCAUCGUCUCGACCGCAUCAAUACCGCCCGAAGGGAGAGCCAGUCUGAUCUCGAGCAUCAGCAACCUCACCAACACCAUCAUCGGCACGGGCAUGCUGGCCACCCCCGGCGCAUUCAAGUACACUGGUCUGCUGCUCGGUGCCUUUCUCAUCCUCUUUUGCGGUCUGAGCGCCGCUCUUGGGCUCUAUCUGCUCACAAGAUGCGCGGCGCGGGUGGGCGGGAGAAAGAACAGCUUCUUCACCAUUGCCAGCCAAGCGCUGCCGGCGGGAGCGUGGUACUUCGACCUCGCCAUCGCGCUCAAGUGCUACGGCGUCAGCAUCUCGUACCUCAUCAUCUGCGGCCAGCUCAUGCCUCAGGUCAUCAUCAGCUUCUUUAGAGCUUUCCACAGAGACAUACAUCAGAUUCCGACGCUCUUUCUCGAUCGCAGCUUUUGGAUUCUCGCCCUCAUCAUCCUGCUGAUCCCGUUGUGCUUCUUGCGCCGACUGGACAGCUUGCGGCACACCUCGUACCUCAGCCUGCUAGCAGUGUUCUACCUGGUCAUCAUUGUGCUCCACUACAGCUUCAGCUCAGACGCCAGAGCUUCCCUUCCCCCUAAAGGCGACGUCGAGAUGAUCAACGUCUCGUGGCAUACCAUCAGCAUCUUCCCCGUCUUCGUGUUCGCCUUUACGUGCGCACAGAACAUGCUCCCCGUCUAUAACGAGCUCUUUCACAACGUAGAGGGUCGAGUCAACACCGCCAUCGGCUCUUCCAUCGGCACGGGAGGCGUGGUGUACCUCAUCGUGGGCGUGCUGGGCUAUCUCAGCUUCGGCGGCAAUGUAGGCGAUAACAUCAUCGCCAUGUAUCCGAGCACCAGCCUCUUUGUCUGCUUUGGUCGCGUCAGCAUCAUCAUCCUCACCAUCUUUAGCUACCCGCUGCAGGUGCAUCCGUGCAGGGCGAGUCUCGACAAGGUGUUCUCUAAAGCGAGCACUCGGCAGCAGAUGCUGGACGAUGCGGCUGCUUCAGCAAUUUCGACUCCGAGCGAGGUCGUCGAGCCGUAUCGCGACAACGAGGAUGAGGAAGAGGACGAGCGAGAGCCGCUGGCAAACGGUCACGCACCGCCCGAACCAGACCAGGAAAUCCCACUCGCCAAAUGGUGUCUCAUGACAGCCGGCAUCCUCAGCACCACCUUUGUCAUCAGCCUGCUCGUCGACGACCUCUCCAUCAUCCUCGGCUUCGUCGGAUCGGUAGGAAGCACCACGAUCAGUUUUAUUCUGCCCGGCGUGCUCUACGCGAGCCUGUUCCGGGACGAGCCCCAGUCAAGGCUGAGAAAGGCCGCCAUCGCGUUGGCCGCGUGGGGCUGCGUGGUGCUCGUCGUCGCUUUGUCGGCGAAUAUUUUAAAGCUGAUACAUGCUCAGGUUCCCAAUUCGCUCAUUGUGACAAAGGUCACUGGUCGAGACUUGUUGUGGUAG